CUAUGCUUAGACACUUGACAUUUACAACAAUAAUUUAUUUCAUUAGGGACACAAAAUGGGAAAAAAUUCCUUAUUCUGCUAAUUUGUCCUUCCAUCCUGUCCUCGAAGCCGCCUUAUGGCUUCAUGACCUGGUCCAGGUGUGAACUUGAAGGUCGAUGCAUGCCUCCAGCAAUUUCACGUUCUAGCUCUUUAUUUAGAAAUUUCAUCAGGGUAGCCCCUACUCAAUCUCUGUUGAACUCUCAUUCGAACUUGAAGUUUAAAUUCAAGUGCUUGUCGUUCAAACAAAUCCAUAUGGAGGAUCAAUCCCCGAAUAGGUUGAAGAGUCAUUCUAGGGGGGCUUUAAUUGUUCUUGAAGGUCUGGACCGAUGCGGGAAGACUUCACAGGCUAGCCGAUUAGUUUCAUUCUUAACAGGGCUGGGACAUGCGGUUGAAAUGUGGAGGUUUCCUGAUAGAACUACUGUUGUUGGGAAGAUGAUCUCUUCUUACCUUUCCAAUAGGUCACACUUGGAUGAUCGUGCAAUUCAUUUACUGUUCAGUGCAAAUCGGUGGGAGAAGAGGUCAUUAAUGGAAGAUAAGCUUAGGUGUGGAACUACUCUCAUUGUUGACCGAUAUUCUUAUUCUGGUGUAGCUUUCUCUUCUGCCAAGGAACUUGAUCUCCUGUGGUGCAAGACUCCAGAGAAGGGUUUGUUAGCUCCAGAUUUGGUGGUUUAUCUUGACAUAUCACCAGAGAAAGCUGCUGAAAGAGGAGGCUACGGAGGCGAGAGAUAUGAGCAGCUUGAGUUUCAAAAGAAAGUUGCUCAGUCUUAUCAUAAGCUUUUUGAUGCCUCUUGGAAGAUAGUAGAUGCCACCCUGCCCAUUGAAGAAAUUGAGGAGCAGCUAAGAGAUGUAGCGCUGGAUUGCUUGGUUACGUGCCAAAAGGGGAAAUCUCUCUCACAGCUAUGGUCCUGUUAGUUAUAGGUUGUUUUAGGUUCGGGAUAUCCUGAGUAAUUGUGAUAUAUUUACAUCUUUUGCUGUAACUGGAAAUGAAGCCUUGUACUUGCUCUUCAGCUUGAUGCCUUGACUUGCAACAUGAACCGCUAGUUAACCAUUGAGAUGCUGGUCCAGGUGAGAGGGGCGGAAUUAAUUCAUUAUUCACAGCAGUUUUGAUUGCCGUGGAGGAGGACUCCUAAAGCAGGGUUCGCAAACUGAAUGCGCGAUGGCUCGGCAUUUAGUAGCCGGGAGUAGCUGUUGGUGGUGUUUUAGACGAACAUGGAUCAAAGCCACUUAGAAGUUGAAGCAGAGUUGCAGAAAAGAUUCCUGAGAAGAAGUGACAGGCAGCGCAACAGCCAUAAUAAUACUAAUGUUGUUGGCAGGAUGAUUAGGGAGUUGUACUUGUACCCCUUUGAGCCAAACCUUCAAGGGAGUGAAUGAAUUUUGUGGAUGUUCUCAUUCACUUCUCUUUCUUGAUCUACCUAAAUGCUUGCUUUUGAAGUUUUGCAAAGGUAAAUGCUGGUAUUGGGCACCUGAUCGUUACAAUAAUCAUGUUAAACUUUUAAAACAGUGGAGUCUGCAUAGAAUGCAAGUAUCUAAUUGGCAUAGAAGAUUGAUUAGUCAGUAACCAAGUUUAGAGGUUACAUUCUCAAUGAACAGAGUUUUUUGUCUUCUGAUACUCACAAUUACAUGGUGGUUCAAGUUUGUUAAAAAGAAAAAAAAAAGGGAGCUUCUCCCAGAACGGGGCUCAGGCCCAAUAUGGUUGGGCUUGAUCUUGUCCAUGAGCCCAAUGCAAUCGUCCUGCCAUCUUAAGCUUGAGCAAAAACCAAAUGCCCAAUUAGCAGUGCCAAUACCCGUGGCAGUGACGGGAAAACAUUGGCAGUGGCAUUCGGCAGUGAGAAUUGAAGCGAAAUGCAGGCAUACAUACUGUUGGGGCGCACCACAAUGGACGGCGGGGGAAGCUCCGGCUCCAACAGGAGCUUCCUCUCCGACAACAACCGGAACCACUUCAUCCAUCGCAGCCUUCGCCGUCGACCACAUCCCACUUUCACAGCAUCAGCCACCGCCCCCAACAGCCGCCACCACCACCACCAGAACCACUAUGACGUGCUGGGCGUCCCCCCGGAUGCUUCCCCCUCCGAUGUCAGAAAAGCUUACCGCCUUCUUGCUCUCAAGCACCAUCCUGAUGUUAGCAAGGAUUCAGGAGCUGAUGAGACUUUCAAGAGCAUCCGGCAUGCUUAUGAUAUGGAUAUGCACAAUAUAUUGUUGCUCAAAAUCCGAGGAAACUUCUUGUUUGGUUAAAGAACUUGCUUUAGAAGCUUCAGCAAUUUGCUCAAACUUUGUCAAACAAAUGGAAAACUGUCCUCUUGUAGAUAUUAUCCAACGAAACAACAAGAAAUCAGUAUGAUCGAGCCCUUCGGUAUCAGAAGGAUAGUCGCAGGCCAUUGGGGAGUAGCUGGGAUUACAACCCCGAAUAUGAAGAUGAGUUAAGGAUCUAUAGAUGGGCUUACGUUAAGCGGAAAAUGCGACAGGAGAAAUAUUGGCAACACAAUCAAUCAAAAGAGAAGAGGCAUUCAUUCUAUGACGAAGCAGAAGAAGUUACUGAGGAUGAAGAGAGAGGCUCCUUUGUUGAAGUGCUUAAAUCAGCUUUCCUGUCAUUGUUUCUAAUGCAAACUGUUGGUGUACAGUUGUCUCUCACUUUUAGUGCCCUCAUGGCUUUCCUUGACCAAAAGCUGGAUGCUGGAUACAAGAUUGGUUAUCUGGUUGCUUGGAUGCUGGGAGGAAGGGGAGGUGUUAUGCUUAUAUUGUGCCUUUCUUUCGCAAGUUGGGUUUGUGGCAAAACUAGUAGCAGCCUGGUUGCUUUAACAAUUGUGGCCAUGUGGUUCGGUUCGAAUCUUGCAAGGUUUGCUCCACUUCCGCAAGGUGCUCUUCUUACACUCUUGUACAUGUCAAUCAAGCUACAAGUUGAUUUAAAGUAAAGCAGCUCCUUCUGUAACAAGUUCCUCUUCUUUUCUGCUUGUACAUAUGUCCCUUAAAAGAGAAGCCAGCCUUGGAUGAAUUUUAAAUUAUUAAUUUCUUCAUUUAGGUGCUGAAAAUUGGAUGUAGAUCUCCGAAUCUUUUCCAACUAAUAUAAAUUGUUUACUUAAAUG